GGGAACCCCGGCGGCCCUGCUAGCCUUCGUUGCCGACGGGCGGUACCCAAGUCCAGCCCCGCCCUUAACGUUACGGUCAGUGGGCGGAGCCGAACCCCAGCGGAAGAGCUCGGCUCGGGGCAGGCAGAGACUGAGCGUUCGCGAUUCGGGAACAGGUAGCGCCGCUUCCCACGGGGCCCACAGCAUGGCCGGGUGGGCGAGGGGUCUGUGGUGUGGAGCGGGGCUCAGCUGAGGGCCAGGACCUCCUGACUGGAUGGCGCUGCACAUGCAGAGGGGUGUGCUUCACAUGCUUGCGGGGGCGGGGUCUCCAGGCUUAGGGUGCUGUGGGUACUAGGGGGUGCCUAGCCGGCAGGGCCAGGCGAAGGGCGCUGGUGGAAGCGGCUCUUAUCUGGGAGACCCUGCAAGUGGCGGGCCGCUCUCUCUGACGUUUUCCCCAGAAGGUCCCGGGGGUGGGGUCUCCAAGCUGGAGGGCUCUGUAGAUGCCGGGCGGGGUUUCUAGGCUGCAGGGAUGACUUGCGGAAGCUGGACAGGGGAGGUGAGGAGUGUACACAGCUAGCGGAGCGAGGUCUCCAGCCCCUGACGCCCCUCCCCCCACCCCAGGAUGGGCAGCACUUCACUGUCCGAGGACUAUCGCCUGUGCCUGGAGCGCGAGCUGCGGCGCGGGCGCGCGGGCGUGUGCGGAGACCCCUCGCUGCGCGCCGUGCUCUGGCAGAUCCUGGUGGAGGACUUCGACCUGCACGGGGCGCUCCAGGACGACGCGCUGGCGCUGCUCACCGAUGGCCUGUGGGGCCGUGCCGACUUGGCGCCUGCGCUGCGCGGCCUGGCCCGCGCCUUCGAGCUGCUCGAGCUGGCCGCCGUGCACCUGUACCUGCUGCCCUGGAGAAAGGAGUUCACCACCAUCAAGACCUUCUCUGGGGGCUACGUUCACGUGCUGAAGGGAGCGCUCUCUGAGGACCUCCUCACCAGGAGCUUCCAGAAGAUGGGCUAUGCGCCCAGGGACAACCACCGCCUCACGGUGACGGCACUGCCCCCUGCCUGCCAGCUGGUGCAGGUGGCCCUGGGCUGCUUCGCACUGCGCCUGGAGUGUGAGAUCAUGGGUGAGGUGCUGGCCCAGCUGGGCACCAGCCUGCUGCCAGCUGAGGCACUGCUGGCAGCAAGGCGGGCCAGCGGGGACGUGGCCUCCUGUGUGGCCUGGCUGCAGCAGCGGCUGGCCCGGGCCAAGGAGGCGCCACCUCUCCCCCACCAUGGCUCCCCGGCGGUGUUUGGGUGCCCGCUGGACCUGUACCGGGACCUGGCAGAGGAAGAGGGCUCAGAGGAGGAGGCCAGCCUGUAUGGGGGCCCUUCACCAGGUGCUGUCUCACCCCCCACGGAGUCAGCCUAUGAGGCACCACUCUGGGAACAGAGUGCCCAGGUGUGGUGUGCAGGGGGCCCAGCCUGGGAGGCCCCUGUCAACAGCCUGCCCUACGGGGCCUUCGAGGAGGAACCUGAGCCAGCCCCUUUCUCGUUCCUCUCCCUGCGCCACGAGCUGGGCCGAACCUCGGACUUGGCUGGCCCCGAGGGCUUCCCAGCAUACAGCUGCGUGCAGCCCAGUGUGCUGCAGCCAUCUCUUGGCGAGCAACCACAGCGCACGUGGCUACCACGCUCGAGAGUGGACGCCCUGCUUGGUGCCCCACGGCCUGGGCCUUAGCGCAGCGGCAGCAAUCACGACAC